AUGAGUGCCUACGAUGAAGAUUACGACGAGAGUUUGGUCCAAGACCUGAAGGAGCAAACAGCUUUUGAAGAUGGUAUGGGCGAGGAUCUGGAGCGCGUCAGCUCCAUGACAAUGGCCCAGCAAACCGACGACAUCCAGUCGAGACUUGCCGCCGCCGCACAGCCGUUGGACUUCUCUGCUCCUCUCGCGGUGAAGUUCGAGAGUUAUGACUCUUACUGCAACCUGUUCCACUUCAUCUUGAACUCCGACGGCCCGGUGGAUCUGGAGCCCCCCUCUUACUACUGGGCGUGGGAUGUCAUCGAUGAAUUCAUCUAUCAGUUCAACUCGUUCUCAUCGUACCGCAUGCGAUUGGCGAGACAACCUAGAGACAAUGAGGAGGACCGACAGAUUCUGCGCGAGAACCCGAACACCUGGGGCUGCUACAGUGUGCUUAAUGUGCUCUACUCCCUUAUUCAACGAUCUCAGAUCAGCGAGCAGCUGGGAGCUAUGAAGCGCAACGAGGACCCCAUGACUGUUGCCGGUGAAUACGGCAAGAAGAACCUAUACCGUAUGUUGGGGUACUUCUCCAUCAUUGGUCUCCUGCGUGUUCACUGCCUGCUCGGAGACUUCAGCCUGGCGCUGAAGACACUCGACGACAUCGAGCUGAACAAGAAGGCCAUGUUUGCGCGCGUCAUGGCUGCGCACUUCACAACCUACUACUACGUGGGAUUCUCCUACAUGAUGAUGCACCGAUAUGCCGAUGCCAUCCGCAUGUUCAGUCACAUCCUCGUUUACGUCUCACGAACGAAGAACUUCCAAAAGAACGCACAGUACGAUUCUAUCACCAAGAAAAAUGAUCAGAUGUACGCUCUCAUCGCCAUCUGCGUUGCGUUCCACCCCACGCGUCUGGAUGACACCAUCCACACAGCCCUGCGGGAGAAGUAUGGUGAUCAGCUUCUCAAGCUGCAGCGCGGUGGACCUGAGUCGCUUCCCAUCUAUGAGGAGCUAUUCAAGGCUGCCUGCCCCAAGUUCAUAUCGCCCGUGCCCCCGGAUUUCGACAACCCGGAGGCCAAUGUCGACCCAAUUGACCACCACUUGGCCAUUUUCAUGGACGAGGUCAAGACCAACAUGUGGAGCCCGACCGUCAAGUCGUACCUGCGCCUAUACACCACCAUGGACCUGAAGAAGUUGGCUGGAUUCCUCGAGGUGCAGCCCGAGGAGCUGCGGUCAUACCUUUUGGUCAACAAGCAGCGGACCAAGCAACUCCGAUGGACCGAUCAAAGUCUCCUGGACGGCGAGUGGAUCAAUGUGAGCGACCUCGACUAUGCCAUGCAAGGUGACUUGAUUCACAUUUCCGAGGCCAAGGUAGGACGCAAGCUGGUUGACUGGUAUCUGCGCAAUCUGGCGCGGACGUACAACUGA